AGCCCCCUUAAGUCUACAAAUAGAUGGUAGUAGAUAUAACGUCAGUGUUGUUUCAAAAGGAACACAACAUCAAUAUCCAAGUUGGAUACACCGGAGGUUCACAUGCUUUGGAAUUGUGAAAAGUGGAGAUUGAUAAAGCAAAUGCCACGGAUAGGCUCAUACGCCAGUGUUCAUCGGAGUAGCCUGGUGACAGAGGAAAGAAAUCGUAAUGGUCCAGUGGUCUGCGCAAGGGUGAGGACCUACUCGGGCCAUUAUUCGGUCUGGCUAACAAGUUAUUGUCGACGUCUUAGCCCUAGACAAGAUAACAUAAAGACUAAUUGAUUAAUUCACAAUCUAUCAAGGUCACAGUGUCGCCUAAUUGGAAUCGGGAUAGGUUCGUGAUUGGCAGGUGACCAGUUCAAAAAUUGAACCUGUGCUUGGAAGGUCUGGAUAAGCUUGUUGGCGUGUAACAGUAUUGCACAGUGGACGCAGCGCGGUUACCUGCGCUCAAGGAAUGAGAUGCGACUUUCGAUGUCUAUAAACGCAAGUGUUUCAGCGGAGACAGUUUGAGGAUAGGCUGUUGACGAGUGUUGCGCCCAGACGUGAUACAGGAUUCACAUUCUUUCAACAUAACGCCGUGUGUCUUACUCUUGUUGUCGAGAGAACCGUGCUUAACAGUUGGGUGUAACAGAAAUUGAAGCUCCCCUGUUCAGCAGAAGUAGUGGAUUGUGAAGACGGCAUACGUGCUCUGAUUGACAAUGCUGAUAAUUACUUCAGAUUGGUUCUGUUUUGAUAAAUAUGUCAUUUCAAAUAAGGAUAAAUAUCAGUAUACUUAAUGAAUUAAUUCUUUGUGAUUAAUCCCACUGACAGACGUCAUAUAAAGGCUGUGAUCGAUUUGUUACACGGAUCUAAAGGCUUUUGAUAACGCCCAACACGAGCUGUUUGUCAGACGAUUGACCAGGAGUGUUUCGUCUUCACGCUGAUUGGUUGACGCCACAUGAAAUUUUCUACAGCGAGGAUCUGAACACAUCUUUAGCAAACAGUAUGAAAUAUACACGGGCUCAACCCUGUAAUGUAACACUCGCCACCUCGCUUAUAUAUUCAUCAAGGGUCUAUCGACGAUAUAUAGUUGAUUCGCCAACAAAUCCACUUUGACGUUUCUGAAAUAGCGUUAUUCUUGUUGUAAGUCAUCACGUUACUGAAGUCAAUCAAACAGGUGGAUUCUCAAAGACAACAUCAUAGUGCGUUCAGUAAAAAAUGAUAUCUGAAACCCAGCUGUAAUGAGGACUCAAAGGACUUUAUGUAUUUGUCCAUAUCAAAUUAUUAUUGUGAACGUCACUGAAACAUUCUUUUAAUGUGCAAAAGCGAGGCAUCAAAGAUCAGUUGAACAAUAUUCAUUAAGACUAUUGGAGAUGACGUGUAGAUUGCGGUGUCGUCCUUUCUGCUACUGUUUGUUCAGGAUACUCUCAACCUUCUUCUCACUUGUUGGGUUAGCUGUAUGUGUUUUUACUCUUUCUGUCUUACAAGUGCGAGAAUUAUCACGUGUUGCAGGACAAGAUUCACGAUUUGAUCUUAGUGCAACGCCGAGGCCAGCGCUAAAUAGACAUGUCUGCAGCCCUUGCUUGAUGGAACGUACGAAUACUACCCGCAAUAGGAGGCACUGUGGAAACGUCCUCGUGAAACCUUCAGUGAGCAACAACAAACGGUUUGAAAUUAAAUGCGAAAACAAUGAGUCACUGUCAGUGCUGGGCGAUAUGCCAGAAGACACUUCGUCUUUCAUGCUGACAUUUAAGGACCCGUGUUUAAAACAGUACGUUACACAGCACUGUUACGAUCAGAAGAAAGUUCCCAGAAUUGUUCACUAUGUUUGGUUUACUAAACAUGCGAUGGAUGUUUACUCUUUCCUUAGUGUUCUAAGUGCUUCCAAGUUUUUGAAUCCUUGUGUGAUUAUGUUCCAUGCUGACUUCCUUCCAUUUGGACCAUAUUGGAAGAACUUGAUGAUGAACGUGAAAAACAUUGUGUUCGUUCGGAGACAAGCACCUGAACGCAUUUUCGGGAGAAGGCUUGGAUAUAUUCAGCACAAAUCGGACAUUGCGAGGAUUGAAGCACUUACAGAAUAUGGUGGUAUCUAUUUAGACUGCGACCAGCUUGUGUUGAAAAGCUUCGAUGAUCUCCGGGACUACCAUUUUGUAAUGGGCCAUGAGAAUGCCAAAAAUCUUGGAAACUCUGUGAUGGUUUCUGUUCCGAACGCCCAGUUUCUGUCUGUAUGGCACGGUAGCUAUAAAACCUACAAUCCCAGACAGUGGGGAAUUCAUUCCACGUUUGUUCCAUUCCGUCUGGCUCAGGACAACCCUUCUCUCAUCCAUAUAGAAAAUGACACUCUGAUUAAUCCUGACUUGGGAAGAAUUGAAGAUGUCUACUCUGGUCACUUUAACUGGACAAAUAAUUACGCUAUUCAUUUGUAUACACGCUGGGUGAAGAAGUCCUACACGCUCAGCCAGUUCAGAACCAUGGACACAGCUAUUGGACAGAUAGUUCGCCUAAUACUUUACGGAUCACCAGUAUUGUGUUCUGACUAAUUUGUUGUAUAUCUUAUGUGAUAAGCUUAACUUGGGUGUCCUUACUCGUCGCAAACAAGUGAUUUUCUUUAUUUCUCCUAAUUCAAGCGUUUGGAAUAAUAUCUUAGGUGCAAGAAUGAUGCUAUUUGCAUGAAAAAGACGAUA